AUGAGUGAGAGGGAUAGCACAUCAGAGUCCGCAUCGGGCCCCCACAGUCUUGUGCUUACACCAGAGGAGAAGAAGGCCUUCGGGCAACUUUUCCAGGCCGCUGAUAGCGACAAACUUGGUGUUGUAACGGGAGAGCUCGCUGUAAAGUUUUUUGAAAAGUCCGGACUUAAUCCGAGGAUUUUGGGAGAGAUUUGGGGCAUUGCGGAUACCGAUAAUCGAGGGCUGCUCACAAAGGUUGGAUUCAGUGUCGCGCUGAGAUUGAUCGGGUACGCACAGAAUGGGCAGCACCCUCGACCCGAAUUGGCACAGAAUCCUGGCCCGCUUCCUAGAUUUGAGGGCUUCAAUACCCCGUUACUUCCUCCUCCCACUACAUCAUCUCCUCCCCCACCACCGCCGCCUGUUUCCCAGCCGGCAAUCCCGGGCCCCGGGAUGAUCCGAGUACCGCCACUCACACCUCAGGACGUGGAAAAGUUUACGGGGUUGUUUGAACGAUCUGGGGCUAUCGAUGGCUGCCUACCAGGCGAUAUUGCAAAGGGGAUAUUUCAGCGUGCUAAGCUUCCGAAUCAGACCUUGGGUAUAAUAUGGAACCUUGCGGAUCGGCAGCAUCGCGGUGCUUUAGGUCCUGCAGAGUUCGUAGUAGCCAUGCACCUUAUCACGUGUUCAAAGAAUGGCACUCUCCCUGUAUUACCCCAGAUUCUACCCCCUGGACUCUAUGAGGCUGCUGCAGGGCGUGGUCCCACAAGGAAUGGCGAUCGAAGGCCAGCAGGAAGGGGCAUUCCACCCCCACCUAUGCCUCCCGUUCCUCCAAUUCCCCAACAGUAUAGUGGACCUUUGCAACAAGGUCGCGCGCAAUCGCCCCGGACAUUCACCCCCCCUGUGACACAACCUGGCCAACUGGAAGCUGCUGGGGAAUGGGUCAUCACGCCUGCCGAUAAGGAGCGAUUUGACUCGGUCUUCUUGACAGUCGAUAAGCAGAACAAGGGAUACAUUACUGGUGAGGAGGCGGUGCCGUUUUUCUCAAACUCUAGGCUUCCGGAGGAUGUUCUUGCCGGCAUUUGGGAUCUUGCUGAUACUAAUGGGUCCGGGCGCUUGAGUCGCGAGGAGUUUGCCAUCGCUAUGCAUCUAAUUCGGGAGCAGCGCAACUUUCCCGAUGGCAGCGGUCCUCUGCCAGAGGUCCUUCCUCCGAAUCUAAUUCCUCCUAGCAUGCGUGCGCCAGGGCAGUUCUCAGGUCCAUACUUGUUUGAAUUGGAUUUUUCGUCUUCGGCCCCACAAACAAGCUCGGCGCCCCCAUCUUCUCAGAACCAGAGCCCACUUAGUCCUUUUGAUACAGAUGUCUUUGGAGUGCCAAACAGGCCGACAAUUUCGCCAAAUGCCUCGGGUCCUGUCCCUGAGCCCAAGUUGCCAGUACCGCAAGGGCCCCCAAAUUUCUUCGGGCCAAGCCGUGCCUUCGUGCCAUCCUCAAACUUUGGGCAGUCGAUGAUUUCUCCUUCGGGAACUGGGGGAUCAAAUCACUCUGCGCCACCGGCGACUCGUCAGACACAAUCAAUGGUGGAAGAUCUGCUUGGUGAUGCUGAUCCCGAAAUCACUAAAAAGUUCUCUAACGAGACUACGGAAUUGGCCAAUUUGUCAAAUCAAAUUGGUACUCUAACCAAGCAGACUCAAGAGCUCAAGAUCAAGAAGUCUUCGGCGGAACAAGAGUUAACCACAUUGAGCUCUCAGAAGCAUCACAUUGAGGGACAGUUGACAUUACUUAGGGCUGCUUACGAACGCGAGGCAGAACAGUUGAAGCAGGCAGAAGAUCAGUUGGCUAAUUCAAAGAACGAGAUGAUGACUCUGAGGGGCGAAUAUCGUACUGUUGAGCAAUCGUACACGGAGCUUCAGUCUAGAAAGCAGGAGAUAUCCUCGGCCCUCGAGUCUGACAGACGGGAAAAUGAGAACUUGAACCAGCGCAUGAGGAUGAUCAACCAGGAAAACCUUAAUCUGCGUCAAGAGCUUGAGAAGCUGCAACCUCAAGCUAGGCAACAGAGAGGAAUGGUUGCUAUCAACAAGAAACAGGUCUCCACUGGUGAAAUUGAGCGUGAACGAUUAAAGAGUGAGAUUGAUGACUCAAGGUCAAAUGUUGCCAGUCCUCCUCCUCCUAGCAGCCCCACACCUUCUCAAGCUAGCCUCAAUAACAACCCUUUCCACCGAAGGCCGCCUGCCGCUCCCGAAUCUGCAUUCCCGCCAUCACCAUUUGCUCCUGGCAACAACCCACCGGCGCAUGCUACAACUUUGGAGGAUGUGUUCGGCCCCUCUUUUUCCGCAACGCCCUCUCUUAACCCCACUUCUACCGGCUUUUCCCAGAGAUCCACGACCGAGGGCAGCGCUGGGCCAUCCGUGCCAUCGGCCUCUGAAGGGCCCCCGCACUCAACACCUCCUACAUCUCCGCCGACGUCCUACCACAACUCCCCUCAGACGGACGCUGCGCCUCCUGGGGCUGCAUCCCAUAUGGCACCGUUUUUGCCCGUGCCCGUUAGCCGUGCCGACUCGGUCACUUCAUCUGUGCAAGUCAACCCAUCGGUUAGUAACCAGGGCGACCACGAAUUCCCUCGACCUGAUACACCAACCAACUGGGCCAGUAGCUCCAUUAGCGAAACCCCGGCAAAAGAGAGAGACUCGUUCGUCAAGCCAGAUGACAGAAGAAGCAGCAUGAGCGUCCGAAGCGAUACCGGUACAGAGUCUUCUGCCAAGGCCCCCUUCCCAUCCAGGAAAAUUGAUGAUAGAUCUCCAUUUGGUGCCCCUGUUGAGCGCAAUACCACCGGAAACACAACCGGGGGGGACGAGCAGAGCCAACCGGGGAAACAGUGGGAUUCUUUUGGAUCAGGAUAUGGAACAAGUGGGACCAUUCCGGGAGCUUUCCCCUCACCCAUCAAACCGAAUCCAACCGGUGAGAGUGUCAAAAGCAACCGGAGCAGGACCAGUCAGAUGAGUAGAUCUGAUUUCCAGCCGAUGUACAACUCUGGCGCUAAGGAAGACCGCAACAAGGAUUUUGAUGAAGCCUUCAAGAACCUUAGAAGUCAGGAAAAGCAACACACUGGAGGUUCCGGCAUUGAUGAUGCAUUCAAGAAUCUCAGGACCCAAGAGCGACAACACACUGGCGGUUCUGGGAUAAGCUCCGUCCAGUUUAACAAGGAGUUCCCACCCAUCGUGGAAGUUGGUCGUGAUGAGGAUAGCGACAGUGACAAUGAGAAGGGGUUUGAGGACAAUUUCAACCCCAAUCCCCCACCCAGCCACUCACAACCAGCCACUACAGCGCCUCCUCCAACCACCAGUCCUGCACCAACUGGACCUGGAAAUGCACCACCACCUCCAAUAUCGGCUCAGCAGUCACCUCCUUCUUACAUUCCAGGAUCAAAGCCUAUGGGAGGAAUGGAGAAGGGAAACUUUCCGGCUGAAUACAGCGGACUUUUGCCUUCAAGAUCCGAUGCAAUGAAACACGAGGGGAGCACUCCUGGUGGCGGUAGUAACGCUAUUAGUUUUUCAGCCUUAAAUCAACCACCAGCUGUUACAGGAAAUUCAAAUGCCGAUGUAUUUGGCCAGGGCAGUUCUCUAUUCUCUUCUCCUUCAUCAACCAACAAGAAUCUCCCACCCAGUGCUCAAAAUAAUAGCAUGUUCUCUUCACCUCCAAUAGCUUCCAAGAGUCCCGCGCCUGCUGGAAACCCGCCUGUGCCAGCAAAGACUGCUUUCGGGGACGACUUUGAUAAGGAGUUUGGAGAUCUUGCAGAAGCUAAGGAAGCCGAUGAUAAGGCUGACGAAAACGACUUUGGAACUAACUCGGCAUUCGGUGAUUUUGAUCCAGUGUUUGAUGUAGCGUCGCCUAGGGGUAAUGUAGCACCUGGAACUGCGGUUACGGACGACGGAUUUACCGACUUUGACUUCAACAUUGACUCACCUGCUGGGCAACAGCAACAACAAGAGGUGAAAACGGCGAAACACAGACGAACGGCAAUGUGGGAGGUGAAGCGUCUGGGGAUGCAAGGCAACAGAGUGAGAGAGUUCGGUAAAGGCGCUCGAAAAGCACGGAUACAACCUCGAUCGGGCGGUGAAUUCACUUGUUUCGAACGCAUAAACGGAUUACGACCGAACGUCUUGACUAAGAAAUGAAAGGAAGGUGUUUUUUUGUCUUUUGCCUUUUUGCCCAUAUCAAAGGUCUCUCAUUAGCUUGCGGAAUUUCCUUUUGUUUGCGAUUUUGUUCUCUCAUCAACCUUUCUUUAGCGGUCUCUGUUGUUGGGGUGGCGGCAGCGGCGUGCAGCAAAAUCAGCCGACUUUGCUUUGCAUGAGUCUUUCUCCUUUUCUCUCCUUUUCCCUCUAUGUUUACUGUAUGAUUCCAUUCUUGCGUUCAUUUGAGAUGAGAUGCCCCGGUGAGUUCUGUAGUUCUUUUUGUUUUUAUUCUAGUUGGUUGGGAGCGCGAGUGAGUGGAUAUGUAUUGGGUUGAAUGGAACGGAAAGGCCGGUUAGGUGAAGGGUGGUAGUGUUGUUGAACGAAACAUAGGUUUUUGUGUGG